UGACAGAGCUGGAUGACUUCCUCAGGAUUCUUGACCAAGAGAACCUGAGCAGCACAGCUGUGGUGAAGAAGAGUGGCCUGGCCGAGCUCCUCCGGCUUUACACCAAAAGCAGCAGUUCUGAUGAGGAGUACAUUUAUAUGAACAAAGUGACGGUCCACAAGCAACAGGAUGCUGAGUCCCAAGACAAAGCGCCCGAGGAGCAGAACCCACUGACCAACGGCGAGCCCGGCCAGCACUCCUCGGCCCCUCAGAAGAGUCUUCCAGACCUCCCACCACCCAAGAUCAUUCCAGAACGGAAACAGCUCUCCACCCCAAAGACCGAGUCUCCAGAGGGUUACUAUGAAGAGGCUGAACCCUAUGACACAUCCCUCAAUGAGGACGGAGAGGCCGUGAGCAGUUCCUACGAGUCCUACGACGAGGAUGAGAGCAGCAAGGGCAAGUCGGCGCCCUACCAGUGGCCCUCGCCCGAGGCCAGCAUCGAGCUGAUGCGCGACGCCCGCAUCUGUGCUUUCCUGUGGCGCAAGAAGUGGCUGGGCCAGUGGGCCAAGCAGCUCUGCGUGAUCAAGGACACCAGGCUCCUGUGUUACAAGUCCUCCAAGGACCACAGUCCUCAGCUGGACGUGAACUUGCUGGGCAGCAGUGUGGUGCACAAGGAGAAGCAAGUGCGGAAGAAGGAGCACAAGCUGAAGAUCACACCGAUGAGCGCCGACGUGAUCGUGCUGGGCCUGCAGAGCAAGGACCAAGCUGAGCAGUGGCUCCGGGUCAUCCAGGAGGUGAGUGGCCUGCCUUCUGAAGGAGCUUGUGAGGGAAGCCAGUACACCCCAGAUGCCCAGCGCCUGAGUUGUCCGAAACCAGAUAUAACUGAGAAGUACCUGUCUGCCUCGGAGUAUGGAAGCUCCAUAGAUGGCCACCCUGAGGUCCCAGAGACCAAAGACGUCAAGAAGAAAUGUUCUGCUGGCCUCAAACUGAGCAACCUAAUGAACCUGGGCAGGAAGAAAUCUACCUCGCUGGAGCCUCCGGAAAGGUCCCUCGAGACAUCCAGUUACCUGAACGUGCUGGUGAACAGCCAGUGGAAGUCGCGCUGGUGCUCCGCCAGGGACAGUCAUCUGUACUUCUACCAGGACCGGAACCGCAGCAAGGCGGCCCAGCAGCCCCUCAGCCUGGUGGGCUGUGAGGUGGUGCCGGACCCGAGCCCCGACCACCUCUACUCCUUCCGCAUCCUCCACGAUGGCGAAGAGCUGGCCAAGCUCGAGGCCAAGUCUUCCGAGGAAAUGGGCCACUGGCUAGGCCUCCUGCUCUCUGAGUCGGGCUCCAAGACAGACCCAGAAGAAUUCACUUAUGACUAUGUGGAUGCCGAUAGGGUUUCCUGUAUCGUAAGCGCCGCCAAAACCUCUCUGCUACUGAUGCAGAGAAAGUUCUCGGAGCCGAACACUUACAUUGACGGCCUGCCCAGCCAGCAUCACCAGGAGCUGCUGUAUGAUGACGUGGAGGUGUCGGAGCUGACGGCUGUGGGGGAGGCCCCUGAGGAAGCUGCUCCUGCGACAGAUGCUCCGAGUGAGCCUGACCCCGACCGUGUAUACCUGGACCUCACGCCCGUCAAGUCCUUCCUGCACGGCUCCGGCGGUGCACAGGCCCAGGCCUCCUCGCCCACGCUGCCCCAGCCGGACCCUCCGGCCGAGGCCCUCCCUGCAGACCUGAACCCCACCCCCGAUGAGCCCCUCGUGAAGUCUCCAGAGAACCCCGAGUUGCAGCAGAUGCAGCAGGAGAGUCAGGAACCUGAGGAGCCUUCCCUGGGAAUCACGGCAGUCAAAAUCCAGACUGAACAGCAGAAGAUCUCCUUCCCACCGAGCUGCCCUGACACUGUGCCCGUCGCCCCAGCCGGGGCCAGCCCACCUGUGAAAGACAGGUUGAAGGCAACCAAUGCAGAGAUCAAACUUGGCAAGAACAGGACAGAAGCCGAGGUGAAGCGGUACACAGAGGAGAAGGAGAGGCUUGAGAAGAAGAAGGAAGAAAUCCGGGGGCACCUGGCUCAGCUCCGGAGGGAGAAACGGGAGUUGAAGGAGACCCUGUUGAAGUGUACAGACAAGGGGGUGGCGGCCAGCCUGGAGGAGAAGCUGAAGGAGAUCGACGAGGAGUGCAGGGUGGAGGAGCGCAGGCGCGUGGACCUGGAGCUCAGCAUCGUGGAGGUGAAGGACAGCCUGAAGAAGGCCGAGGCCGGGCCCGUGACGCUGGGCACGACUGUAGACACCACCCACCUGGAGAACGUGAGCCCCCGACCCAAAGCUGCCACCCCGACUCCUGCCCCGGACUGUACCCCAGUCAACUCCGCAACUGCGCUCAAGAACAGGCCUCUGUCGGUCAUGGUCACGGGCAAAGGCACCGUCCUCCAGAAAGCCAAGGAAUGGGAGAAGAAAGGAGCAAGUUAGGAAACAAACUUCAUCUAGAGACUCUCCUGUCAAUAUGGACCUUGGUGACAAUCCUGCUUCGUUCCAGUCUUCGUUAAAGCAGCAACUCUGUAAAAGGGUGAGUCUGUUUACAAGCAAAAGGAAGGACUGGGGUUCUAUGAAGGGAAACUUCAGCUAAGAGGAGGCUCUGUCCCUUUGCAGAGCCAAAGGAAAUAAUACGACAACAAAAAAGACUUGUUUGGAGACCGAAGUCUAUUGGUUGUAAACAUUACAUUGCUGUACUGAGGGGUAUUCUGCAUCUCUUCCUUGAAGUUUUCAGCAAUUGCUUUAUCAAGCUUUUUAAGUGAAAAGAUUCUGAUGUGGAGACUUUGGUGGAAGAGAAAUGAAGGUAGCAGGGCCCUGUCCCACUGAUCACAUGGCUUUGGUGAUUGAGAAGGUCUAAACUCCUGGCUGUCAUCUCCUAUCUGAUUCUUAGCAGCGUCAGGGGUUAAACCGUCCUUGUCUUCAACUGUGUAAAACCAUCUAUGGUUUUUUGAGAAAUGGUAACGGGGAAAACAUUUGGGACCAAGCUGAGGCACUGUUCCCAGUAAAUUAAGGACUUUUUUCAGGCUAAAGCAGGCCAGAACCAAUUGCUUUUAAAUAAAAUUUUAAGUGAUGCUGUAUUACACAGAAAAAAAUGUUUCAAAUCCUGUAAUUUAGAACAGUGAAAAGUGUCU